CGAGCGGGCAGGGGCGGUGCGUGUGGGCGACGCGGUCCGGGUUGCGGGCUGGGUCGUAGGGGCCUCUUGGCGCGAGCGCGGGCGGCACCAGCCACUGCAGGUGACAGAGUCGCGGCGAGGGUUGCUGCGGGCCUGUGGAGUUCCAAAAGAUGAGUCGUGGAUAUUCAGAAAACAACAAUUUCCUGAACAAUAACAACCAAAUGGUAUUGGACAUGAUCCUUUAUCCAUUAAUUGGAAUCCCUCAGACCAUCAACUGGGAAACUGUGGCAAGACUUGUACCUGGAUUAACACCCAAAGAGUGUGCAAAAAGGUUUGAUGAACUGAAGAGCAGUGGAAGCUCACCUGUUGACAACCAGUAUUAUCCCUUAAUGGCUGCUGGAGAGAGUCCUGUUGAAACUUUAGCUACAUAUAUCAAAACCUCACUUCUUGACACACAGGGAGAUUUUCAGGAGACUCCAGUUGGUCAGGAUUCAGUUUCCAAAACAGGAAGACAUAGUAUAGCUUCCACAAGGAAUUGUUCUUCAGAAAGUGAAAAUUGUACUACUCGUAAUGGUGGAGGAAAGACUGAAGAAUCUGAAGGGCCAAACAUGGUGAUCCAUGUAUGUGAUGAAGGAAAAAACUUGAAAGAAGAUUUUAUUUGCCCACGAGAUCUUUUGAUAUCAGAAAUGAAGUACUUUGCUGAAUAUUUAUCUAUGGAUGCCCAGCGCUGGGAAGAGGUGGACAUUUCAGUUCAUUGUGACGUUCAUAUUUUCAACUGGUUGAUAAAAUAUGUUAAAAGGAACACUAAGGAGAAUAAAGAUUGUGAGAUGCCUACUUUAGAGCCAGGAAAUGUCAUUUCAAUUCUUAUUUCCUCAGAAUUUUUGAAAAUGGAUUCAUUAGUUGAACAAUGUAUUCAGUAUUGCCACAAAAACAUGAAUGCCAUAGUAGCUACCCCAUGCAACAUGAACUGUAUUAAUGCAAAUCUUCUUACACGUAUAACUGAUCUGUUCACACACAAUGAAGUUGAUGAUUUAAAAGACAAAAAAGAUAAAUUCAGGAGUAAACUUUUUUGUAAGAAGAUUGAGAGACUGUUUGAUCCUGAGUACUUGAAUCCAGAUUCUCGGAGUAAUGCAGCAACAUUAUACAGAUGCUGUUUGUGUAAGAAACUUUUAACAAAAGAAACAGAAAGAAGAAUUUCUUGUGUUCCUGGAAAAAUUAAUGUGGAUCAACAUGGAAAUAUUAUCUAUAUUCACAUAAGAGAUAAGACUUGGGAUGUUCAUGAGUAUUUGAAUAGUCUUUUUGAAGAACUAAAAUCUUGGAGAGAUGUAUAUUGGCGCUUGUGGGGAACAGUCAACUGGCUGACUUGUUCAAGAUGUUAUCAGGCUUUUCUCUGUAUUGAACUUUCACAUUGUCAAUACCACUCAGAAACGGUAGUUUAUUCUACUGCAGCAAAUUCACUGAGCACUGUUGGCACUGGAAUUUAUCCCUGCUGCAACCAAAAGGUUCUUCGAUUUGAUCCCACUCAGCUUACAAAGGGCUGUAAAGUGAGGGACCACGUGGUUGCGCUUCAUGAUCGAGGUGAAGGUGGAGAUUUGCUGUCCUGUCCAACUGCUAGAAUACUGGAUGAUCUGCAUAAGCACAAAGAUGUCAUUGUUGUGCCUUUUUCUAAAGAUUCAGUUAGUGAUCCUGCAGUUGUCUCCUCUGAUGAAAAGGGUCUGGAAUGUGAUGUUUUACUGGAGCCAAAUACACCAUGGGGUCCCAAAACUGGAGAGCUCAAUGCUUUCUUGUCACUGAAAAGCUGGACUUUGCAGUUGAAACAACAGUCAUUAUUUUCAGAAGAAGAAGAAUAUACCACUGGAUCUGAGGUCACUGAAGAUGAAGUUGGUGAUGAAGAAGAAGUAUCCAAGAAACAAAGAAGAAAGGAGAAACCAAAGAAGUUCACUAAACCACCAAAAAAGCAGAUGUCUUCACCCUGUGCACAAAAGAAAGAAAAGGCAUUGGAAAAGUCAGCUUCUAGAGAUGUGUCUCCUUUCAUUGUGAGUAUGCAGAAGAAUAAGUGGGAUGCCACAAGGUCCUUGAGAUUCAACCAGGAUGCACAAAGAGAAGAUGAUCAGCGGCGGAUGUCUGAAAUUACAGGGCAUCUAAUAAAAAUGAGAUUGGGUGAUCUGGACCGAGUCAAGUCAAAAGAAACAAAAGAAUUUGCAGGAGGUAUUUAUUCCAGGCUCGAAGCACAAAUCAAAGCUGCAGUACCAGUCAGUGCACGGCAAAGCAGCUCAGAGAAAAACACAAGGUCUAAAAGUCGUUUUGGUCAAGGGCGUCCUGUAUAAAGCAUCUUAAAAUAUAAAAAGACAGAAGGUACCCUCCUGGACGUCUGAAAUUGCUCACUUCUUGAAGAUCUUCAGAAUGAUAAUUUCUCAAUGUUCUAUUUAAUUGUUCUUGCAAUUCACAUAAAUCACAAUGCUAAGAGACAGAUAUAAUUAGGUUUUAUGAAAAUCUAAUUGUAAAUAUGAAACUUCUUGUAUCCAAUUUUCUUUUAGUAUGAUUCUAGGUUAUGUAGAAAACAAUUUACAAAUUUUGCAUAGUUAAGAUUCCUAAUAUUCGUUAUCCAUUAUUUAUUUGAAGAGAAGAGGCCUAAAUGAUUAAGUGGCUAGGUUUUUUUAAGACCUUAAACAUUAGGGAAACACAACUGAUAUUGUUACUGUGCAUGUGCACUGAUCAUAGUAUGUCUUUCAGACUGUAAAUCUUGGGUAUAGCAUUGAGAACUGCAGUUUAUAUGAUGAAAUUUCCAGUGAUACUGAUUAUAAAUAUGCAUGAAUAUUAAGGAGCAACAGAUCUCAAAACUGCAUUAAUAAAGUUUCAAGGUGAGGUGGGUAUUUUAAUACUAUGUUGGGCCCAAGGGUUCUUUUCUUUUUCAGCAUUUUUCCAUAGAAAGUACAGUGCUUAUGCAACUUUGGAUUUCAGUUUAUGAUGCUUAUCCAUUGGUCAUCUGAACUGGAAUCACUGAUCAUUACUUUUUUUCUCUGUGAAGCUAGUCUCAUUCUGAAUUUGUUAAAAUAUGUAUUGACAGUUUUAGGAUAAUAAAUCUCUUCAGUAGUGUGACACACUCAUUGUACAGUUCUCAGGGCUCUAGGAGAUAUAUAGAUAUCUAUAUAUAUCUAUAUCUAUAUAUAUAUAUAAACUGUAACCAUUCAAAUAGCCCCUUAAAACAGUUAUGAUUGAUAGUUACCUUACAGAUAUCUAAAAACUUCCCAAGUAUGUCAGAUGGGCAAAAAAUUGCAUAUAUUCAAGAAAAAUAAAAAUAAAAUUCUGUUUUAUAAAUCAUGUUUUAAUUUUUCUAACCAGGCAGAAGGAGUGCUCAGGGAAAAUUUGUUUCAAACCAUAAGCACACAAUAAAUUAUGUGUUUGAAAAUUAUUUAUAUGUAGGUCUCUGAAAAACUUUAAGAUGUACUGUUUCUAUUUUUUAGUCUUUAUUUGCCUUUUAGUAGAAAUAUCUUUAAAUUAUUCAGAGGACAGACUGAUAAUGUAUAACAGAACAUCAGUUUCUUUUUAAAUGUUCAAGUGUUAUACUUAGUUUACACAUACAGAAAUCAUUUUAGUGAAUAUUUUAGUUGAUAUAUAUGAAAGUAGAUGUUAUUUAAUGUUAUAUGUAUGACUUUGCAUGUAUGUAAAUUUUUGAACUGUUUGGAAAUUUUGUUCCAGUAUAUAUUUGUUUCAAUUGUUUGAUACUUGGAAAUAGAUUAUACCAUAUUUAUUUUCAAAAGAAAAUGUUUUGUAGUACAUUAUAUGUAAGCCCUGUUAAAUAAGAGUCUUGUUUUGGUUUACCACAUUCUCUGAUAAAAAGGAUUUGGGUUUGUUGUACUUGUAGUACAAAUCAUACUAUACUUUGUGCAGUGCUGUGAUGGUCACAAUUAGAAGAGAAAAAUAUGCUCUUUUGAUUUUUAACUGAUGGUGAAAAUGCAAAUUACUUCUCCACUGAGGGAACUAUACCACUGAAUUUACUUUUACAAACCAGAAUUGGUCCAAAUUUGAUUCUCUUCAGAAUGUGCUUUAUAUUUUGUUAAUGUCUGUCUGUAUAUAUGGCACAAGUACCACCAAAAAAAAUUUUCUUUUCAGGAAUUGGAUGCAGGGCCUUGCACAUGCUAGGCAAGUACUUUAGCACUGAGCUACAUUUCCCAGAUCUUUUUUUAAAAAAAAAAAUGUAACUGA